CCACCGUCUGGGCAGCUGCGUUGUCCAUAGGAGGGGAGGACUGAGGUCCUCUAUCCAGGCCAGGGUGGGAAGGGAGUGCUCAGGCUGUGGUCUCAGGCUCCCACUCCCCUGCCCCAAACAGUAGCCCAUAUCUGAGUCUCUCCUAGCAGGAUCCAUGAUGCAUGAGGACCUCUGGACUAACCCCCAUGGGGAAUUCAACAGAGAGAGAUUACAACCAUACCCACCACCUCCACCACCACCCCCACCGCCUAUGACGGCUCACCGGGUACCAGGCCAACCCAGGCUUCUUCGGUGCUCAGUGGUGAACUUGCGCCCCUUUGAGGAGAGGAACACCAUCCUGGAGCUAGAGCAGAGCAACCAAAGACUGAAAAAUGUGAAUCAAGAGCUGAGGGAACGACUCGAAGAGUUUAUGGAUCCCACAGACAUGAGGCAGGACUUUGACCCCCUGUGCCCCAAUCAUCAGCGCCAGUUACAGAUUCUGGCCUGGGAAAAGGACUGUCCCCAGAUGAUGGAGGACCCAAGAACAGUACGGGUGCUAAAACAAAAAAUCUGCCCUCGAGAGACCCACUACACAGAGAAGCCUCAGAAAGAGCUGCAUCAAAUGAGGCUGUCCUAUGACAGAAAGAAGACAUCCAUCACAGAGAUAAACCAAUCUCCUCAGGUGUGGGAAGGCAUGAGUGAAGUACACAUGUCCUUGAAUGACCAAGCUGAAGGACUUCUGACUCUCAAAAAGGAUAUCCGAGAUGUGUUAGAUGAGGUAGAAGACAUCCAAAUGGAAAUUCUUCGGGACCAGGCCCAGUACCAAAAUCUAAAAAGGAAAAGCUUUCGUAUCCAAGAGAAGAAGAAGCCUCAACCAACCUCCCCUGUCAAAGAAGAUAGCCAGACGUGGUCCGGGAAAUCCUGGGCAAUCUUGUCUAAGGCAGGCGUGGCCCUGUCCAUCUUCAGUGUCCUGUUUUAUCUCUAUGUCGUGAACCCCACUCCCUAUGAGAAAGUUCUUCCCCCACUCAUUGGCCAAAGCACAGUCUGGCGCAUCCGGGCCUUGUGUGACCCCUUCCUCAGGGUGGAAGUGGAUGACUUCCUGCCAUUUUAGGUCCAGAGUUUCAUGCAGGAAGGGAAGAAGAGGAGCCCGAUCCACUCUCCAGGCUUGUGUCCCUUUUCUCGGCAGCUGAUGGGAAGCAGCUGUGGACCCCUCGCCUUAGCCAUCGUGUCCUCUUUAAGGGCUGGGCCCUGGAAAGCAUCACAUAGAGAUUUCUGAUAUUUGA